AUGCCCGACUUCACUGACAAGCUCCGCCCAAGUCAACCAGAUGGCCCUACAACCCUCGCUCGUGAGCGAGGGCAGUCCAAUAUCUCGGUGGAUGAGCUCAGCAAACAUCUAUUUUCUGUAGAUAACUUCCUCGAGAGACAAGCUCAGAUACUUCCCAUCGUGCAGAAAGAGCCACUUUUCUCCAAGGAGAAACAGCAAAAUCUGUCACGAGUGGAACGAUUCAAGCUCGGUCUGGCGCGUGCAAAGUUACUGCGUCGAAUGACUGACCGGCAUCGAUGGGACCAUGAAGAUUAUAAGAUGGCCCAGUACUUGGUUGAUGAUGUCUCCCCCUACUUCCUGCACAUGGAGAUGUUCGUCACAACCAUUCGUGAGCAAGCAAGCGAAGAGCAGCGCGCCUACUGGAUGCCUUUGAUUGAAUCGUGGAAGAUCGUUGGUGCUUACGCUCAAACUGAGCUUGGCCAUGGUAGCAAUGUUCGAGGAUUGGAGCUUGAGGCACGUUGGGAUAGCAGUACCAAGGAGUUUGUACUUCACAGUCCCACACUUACGGCGAGCAAGUGGUGGAAUGGAAGCUUGGGUCGCGUUGCCAAUCACGCCAUCGUCGUCGCCCAGCUGCUUCUUCCAAAGCCGGGGUCACCGGUCAAAUACGUGUCUCAUGGCCCUCAUCCGUUCAUUGUGCAAGUGCGCGAUAUGAAGACCCAUCAGCCUCUCAAUGGCGUGGUCAUCGGUGAUAUUGGGCCCAAGUAUGGUUAUAUCACCAUGGAUAAUGCCUACAUGCUAUUUGAUAACUUCCGUAUCCCUCAUUCUGCAAUGCUAUGCCGGUACUCCAGCGUCGAUCCCACCUCUGGGGCGUAUGCAAAGCCAGAGCAGCCAGCUUUAGUUUAUGGAUCUCUGACAUACGUCCGCGCAAACAUCGUGCAUCAUGCCCGAUUAGUGCUUGCAAGAGCAGUGACAGUGGCAGUCCGGUACACAGCUAUUCGGCGGCAAUUCCAAGAUCGAGACGGUGACAAAAAUGGGCCCGAAAUGUCCGUCCUUGACUACCCGACUGUCCAAAUCCGCAUUCUCCCCCUCCUAGCGACCGCAUUUGCACUUCAUUACACCGGCCUGUCUAUGCAGAAUGUGUACCAAGCUACCCGGAAGGACAUUGAAGGCGGUGAUUUCCGUUCCUUGGCUCAUAUGCAUAGCAUGUCAUCAGGACUAAAGAGUCUAUGCACUAUGCUUGCUGCAGAUGGGAUCGAAACUUGCAGACGUGCGAUGGGUGGACACGGCUUCGGAGGUGGAAGCGGCCUUAUUCAGUUAAACAACGACUAUCUUUCCAAGCCAACAGUUGAGGGAGAUAAUUGGAUGAUCACGCAACAAGUUGCCGCCUAUCUGAUCAAGAAGAUGACCGCUGCUGUCGAAUCUGUUAACGCCCCCGGCACAGAUGAGACAGAUGCUAGAUUCAAAGAGUUUGUUCGGAACAAGCAAAGUGCUGGCUCCAACCAGCCUGUAUACACUUCAUUGUCGAGCGACCAAGAUAUUGUCAAGAGCUUCGAACUUCGAGCAACAGCUUUGGCAUAUGAUGCAUAUGAGCAGCGGGUAUUGAAGAAGCAAAAUUGGAAUAGCCUGCUCAUUCAGCUUCACAAGUUGAGCAAAGCUCAAUCCCAGUCGAUACUUGUGGCAACCUUCUUCGAAGCACUGUCAAGCGACAAGUCUCUAUCUGGCCCAGCAAAAACCGUUCUAUGUGACCUCUUCCGCCUGUUUGCCUACUAUACCAUGGAGAAUGAAGGAUAUGAAUUUUUCCGCUGCAAUGCUGUGUCUCAAUCCGAUCUCAACGCCCUUCCAUCCCGCAUUCAGGAAUUGAUGGCCCGAAUCCGCCCACAUGCUGUCAACCUGGUUGACUCGUGGAAGAUUCCUGACUAUCUAUUAGAUAGUGCUCUGGGGCGAUACGAUGGCCGUGUAUAUGAGGAUCUCUACAACAGAGCCCAUCGCUUGAACCCGCUGAACCGGAUCACAUUCAACCCUAAUUACUGGGAUGAGGAAAUUGUUAUGGGAACAGGGGAGAAUGGGCGAAACAUUUUAUCCAAGUUGUAA